AUGGGAAAUAUGUUAGAAGAUUUAUCGUUGUCAAGUAGUGGAAGCCCAACCCCAAACGACUCGAAGAACAACAGUGACAAAGAAAUUCUUCAUGAUGAGAUGGACGACAAGACGAAGUAUUCUCUGACGUAUCGGGACUAUUUAGAGCGCAUGCCAUUAGCUUCUUUUGUUUCAUUUUCUUCAUAUCAGCCGAUGCGCCUGAGUCCCCGUGAAAGAAUCUUAUUAGACGUUUUAGAGUCUGCUUUAGAUGUCUCUGAGUAUGUGAACAAUGUUGAUGUCUCUCGGAGUGAAUAUGGGAUGUACUACUUUGGUUCCAGUUACUUUUACUCUUCUAUGGACGUUUCAAUUAAUAAGUACUCGAAAGCUACUAUAAUCAAAGCACAACAUGAAGAACUGCGGAACACUUUAAUUGGUCUUAUGAUGUCGUAUAACUAUAAGGAAUGUCUGAAGAUCAUUAACAAGGAAGAAUUAUUUGAAGACUUCUUACAAGACACUUUCGAGGUGGGAAGGCGAUUCAAAAUAGCAAACCCCCAUUUGCUCAGAACAACGUACCAAGAGAUGAUGCACAUCCUUCAAGACGCGAUUUUAUAUAACCCUUCCUUCAUCGGAAAGAACUUUGAAAAGACUAAGAAGUUCAAAGAGAUUUUGACCGUCGGCAAGUUUGCAAAAGAAAACAACAUGAUGGGCAUUUUCAAUGAAGAGUGCUUUAAAAUUGCCGUCUUGCCAACAGACGAAAAGACUUCAAACGGCAAGAAAGAAGAGGCGAGAAGGUUUUUGAUUAAUAGCUACGGAGAAAACACAGAGAGACUCUUAUUAAGUGUCUCGGACGGGUUCGCGGCAGCUUCUGCGAACUGCGGAGUCGUUCACCAGAUGCUCAAAGACCUUCAAGAGAGGUUCACUGAGCAGACUAAAUAUACUGAUUUGACCAUUCGAUAUGGUACAAGAGGAAGUUGCUUAAGUCAUUCCCACGCAGAACAACUCAUUUUUGUUUCACAGAGUCUGACGUUGUGGUGGAAUGUCAUGCAGAACAUGCCACACUUGUGGGAGAUCACCGACGCAGAGUUUCUGAGUGGAACUUCGUAUCGCCUUGUUAACACGGGACAAGGCCUCCAGCGCAUGCAAAGUGCGCCAAAUGUGUCGGGAGCGAUGUACCAAAUACUGUCACAUACACAAACGAAGUUGUGUACGACGGGGUGGAGAGGACUGAGUGUUGUCCAUAUGGGCGAUCAAGACGUUCCAAACUGUUUGUUCUUCAUCGACAAGUACUCACAAGUCCCAUGGAUAGUCUCUCCAAUCGUUAAAACAGCGACUCGUGUCUUCAAAGACAGAGAUCCGCGCCUUGAAAAGUACUUUGAACGAAUCAGUCGAGAGAGUUGGAGUACAUAUAUCUACGGCGACUUCUUCAAACAUGGCUUCGAUGGAAGUGGAUCAGAUGGUGGAAGUUGUAUUGAUGGAAGACUCACGUCCGCGUGGAACUGGUGCUCGAUGAUAGAAAAGUAUCUUUUCUACCCACUCUUCCUCACUUCAGACUUCGAGGGAUUCUGCGGGCCGUACAAAAAGUGA